AAGGACAAAAAGCAGCACAUUUUUGAACCAUUAGUCCACAGAUUCUAUAAAUAAAAGCCUAGUAGCAUAUGCUGGUAUAGUACUGGAAUACAGUUCUGGGAACAAGAAGAAUUUUAAUCAAUGGCAGCCAAAGUUUUAGUAGCCAUCUUUGUGAUAUUUGCUUCGAUGUUCACCGUGUUUCCUGCUUCGACGAAUCCUCUGCCUUUUGUGCUGUUUCAUGGCAUUGCAGAUGAAUGCAGUAGUGCAAGACUGCAGAAUUUCACAGCAACUCUGAGAAAAUGGUCUGGUGCUCAAGGAUCUUGCAUAGAAAUAGGGAAUGGAUUUAUGGAUUCAUUUUUUAUGCCAAUUGAGAAACAGAUUGAGGUAGCUUGCAAGAAGGUGAAGAGUAUGAAAGAGUUGAGUGCAGGGUACAACUUAGUUGCCGAAUCCCAGGGUAACAUGGUUGGACGAGGGCUCAUACAGACAUGUGAUGGAGGACCUCCUGUGAAGAACUACAUAGCACUAGCAGGUCCUCAUGCUGGUGUAGCAUCUCCACCUCUGUGUAAUGAGACUCAGACAUGUGUUCUUGAAGCAAAUUUAAUCAGGCUGGGGGUAUACACAAAGUUUGUCCAGGAAAGGUUAGCACCUGCUGGAUAUAUCAAAAUCCCAACUGACAUUGAGGGUUACAUGAAAGGCUGCGUGUUUCUACCAAGGCUUAACAAUGAAAUUUCAGGACAGAAAAACUCGCUAUUUAAGAAAAGGUUCUCCAGGUUGCAGAACCUGGUGCUUAUCAAGUUUGAACAAGACCAAACAUUGAUACCAAGGGAAACAUCUUGGUUUGGUCACUAUGAAGAUGGGUCCUGGAACAAAAUCUUGCCUGUGCAACAGACAAAACUAUAUACUGAAGAUAGGAUUGGUUUAAGAACUUUGGACAAGGCUGGAAAGGUGAAAUUCAUAAACGUAACGGGGGAUCAUCUUCAGAUAUCAUUUAGUGACUUGCAAAAACAUGUAUUUCCUUACUUGAGAGCAAACUAGCAUCACCAAAUGAAGAAAUAGGUCUAUGAAAGCAUGCUACAGAUGCAUACACCAUUCUUCUCAUCGACGUUAUCUACACCAAGUAAAAACUUAAGUAGUAAGAUGUAAAAGUUAUUCAAUUGCACCGAUGCAAAUGAUCUCUAUGUAAGACUCAUAUUACAAGUAUUUUGAUUAGAAUUCUUAA